GCUGCGAAGCUAGGAAUUUUUCACCCACAAAGUCCACACUCGUUGAGGAUAUCUUGGCAUCCACAGCAUCCUACUCACAGUCGUGAGCACCCGUCCAAUAAAAAUCAAAGUAACAACAAUGGAAACAGUGUUCGCUAUGUGCUAGUGCGUGUGUGUAUUUAUUACCUUGGAUACUGUCGCCAGCAUAUGUGCCCAGAUUGUGUGUUCAUAUAUAUCGGAUUUGCAUGGAGUUAUAAAUAAAUUGGCUUCAAGGAAUUGCAAAGUUGAACUGAAACCAUAACGCCGUGAAAGAGGAAUAAAAGUCGCCCCUUACUUGAAGGAAACCUGUUGAAGAAGAAUAGUCAACCAUGUAUGGAAUGCUUUACGAGAGUGUCCAGCACUACGUGCAGGAGGAGUACGGAAUGGAUAUUUGGAAGAAAGUCUGUAACAUCAUCGACUGCAAGCACAACAGCUUCAAGACCCACCAGAUUUAUCCGGACAAACUGAUGCCGGACAUCGCCGAAGCUUUGUCCGCUUGCACGGGGGAGUCCUUCGACUUCUGCAUGAACUUCUUCGGGAAAUGUUUCGUUCGCUUCUUCAGUAAUUUUGGUUACGACAAGAUGAUACGGUCCACCGGCCGGUACUUCUGCGAUUUUCUGCAGUCCAUAGACAACAUACAUCUAAUUAUGCGGUUCACCUAUCCCAAAAUGAAGUCGCCCAGCAUGCAGUUGACCAACAUGGAUGACAAUGGAGCUGUGAUUCUCUAUCGCAGCAGUCGCACUGGAAUGUCCAAGUACUUGAUUGGCCAGAUGACCGAGGUUGCCCGGGAAUUUUACGGAUUGGAGAUCAAAGCUUAUGUGAUCGAAAGCCAAAACGACAUCAGUGGAGGCACCGCUGGCCCCAUAAAACUUACAGAGGGUCCUCUUACCGUGAUUGUAAAGUACAGACUGGACUUUGAUAAUCGGGAGUAUAUGGCCAAGCGCGUCAAUACCGAAGCACAUCCUUCUCAGUUAAAAAUGCCCACUGUAAAGUUAGAUGUCUUUCUCGAUUUGUUCCCCUUCACUUUUGUCCUCAAUCACGACAUGAAAAUCACGCACGCUGGAGAGAAGAUCGUGGAGACGUGGAUUAUGCACAAUCCCGGUGCGAAUCCGAAAGGCUUCAUCGGAACCCAUGUCAUGGACCUGUUCCACUGUCGUCGUCCGAAGGACACCACCAUCAACUGGGAUACCCUGAUCCAAAUGAGAGCAGUGCUCUUUGAGUUCGAGCUAAUUCGCACAGGACACAAUCGCGCUGCCUACGAUGCUGUGCUCAAUAUGGAUUUUGAGAACUAUGAUGAGAUGGAUUUGAAUGAGGCCCAGACAAUGGCAUUGGCUAAGGCCAAGGAGUUUAACGAAGCACAUUCGACGGAUGCGGAAGAAGCCGCGGGAGAGGAUGAGAUUGAUCCGGCCACCGGGGAACGUCGAUCGUCUCAGGGACUGCGGUCAAUCCUGCUCAAGGGCCAGAUGUUCUACAUCAAGGAUGUGGACUCACUGAUCUUCCUCUGCAGCCCUUUAAUCGAAAAUCUCGAUGAGUUGCAUGGUAUAGGUCUGUACCUGAAUGAUCUCAACCCUCAUGGAUUGAGCAGAGAGUUGGUGAUGGCUGGCUGGCAGCAUUGCUCCAAGUUGGAGAUCAUGUUCGAAAAGGAGGAACAGCGGUCGGAUGAGUUGGAAAAGUCAUUGGAACUGGCUGAUUCCUGGAAACGGCAGGGAGAUGAGCUGUUGUACUCCAUGAUACCACGUCCCAUCGCGGAGAGAAUGCGACUCAGCCAGGAGCAGGUCUGCCAGAACUUCGAAGAGGUGUCCGUAAUCUUCCUCGAGGUGAUGAAUGUUUAUGAUGAAGGUCUAAACAGCAUUCAGGGAGCCAUGCAAGCGGUGAACACCUUGAACAAGGUAUUCUCAGCUCUUGAUGAGGAGAUCAUCUCUCCGUUUGUCUACAAGGUGGAAACUGUGGGCAUGGUUUACAUGGCUGUUUCGGGUGCACCUGAUGUGAAUCCUCUCCACGCGGAGCACGCCUGUGAUUUGGCCUUAAGGGUGAUGAAGAAGUUCAAGGCUCACGAUUUGGGCGACGUGGCCAUUCGGGUGGGUAUCAAUUCAGGACCCGUGGUGGCCGGAGUGGUGGGCCAAAAGGUUCCCCGAUACUGCCUGUUUGGGGACACCGUUAACACUGCCUCUCGAAUGGAGAGCAGCAGCGAUCCCUGGAAGAUCCAGUUGUCCAAGUACACCGGCGAUAAAGUUGCCCAGGUGGGAUACAAAGUGGAGUCGCGCGGCACCGUCAAGGUCAAAGGCAAGGGCGAAAUGGAGACUUACUGGUUGCUGGAGGGACCAGAGGGUUAAAAAAAUAGAAUACUCAAUGUACCUUAAUGUUUAGCACUUUGCACUGAAAGAUUGUA